UUGAACAAAAUGUCAAAAGAAGCAGGCGGCACCCAGAGGCAGAAUAAAAUCCAUCCUUAUCGCCGCGAUAACCACUUCAGAGCUGACUAUCAUCCGACGACGAUGUGCACCUCGAUCAGCACAACGAAGCCCCAACCGAUCGCACGACCUCAAAACCAUGAAUGGUCUACCAGGAGGAGCCGGGGUCCCGCAGGGCCCGUAUGGUCCUCAGACUGACCCAAAUGUCAAAGCAAUGCAAGCGAUGAUGGAGUCCUGUUUUGGCAAGACGGCAAUCUCAGGAGUCAUGGGUUUCGGAAUGGGCGGUCUGUUCGGAAUGUUCAUGGCAUCUAUGCAAUACGACACCCCCUAUCACGUCCCAGGCGCGCCCGGACCCGCCGAAAACCUCAAAGCCCUCUCGACGAAGGAGCAGGUCAAGAUCGGCCUCAAAGACAUGGGCAGCCGCUCCUAUGGAAUGGCCAAGAACUUCGGCAAGGUGGGCGGCCUGUUCGCGGGCAUCGAGUGCGGCAUUGAGGGGUUCCGCGCCAAGAACGACAUGUUCAACGGCGUGGCUGCGGGAUGUCUCACGGGCGGUAUUCUGGCGCGUUCAGGGGGCCCCAUUGCUGCGGGCGGUGGGUGUGCGGCUUUCGCGGCGUUUAGUGCGGCUAUUGAUGCGUAUAUGAGGAGUCCGGGUGAGGAAUAACGGGGUUUGGGGGUAAUGAUGUGGACUAGGGAGA